AUGUCUGACAAAGUUCUUGAGGUAUUGCCUAUUGAGAUUCUUCAUCAGAUUUUCAAUUAUCUCGAUUGUGAAACAAUUUUCUUUUCAAUUCGCUGUGUUUGUAAACGAUUUUAUUCGAUUGCUAAUUCCUAUGACAAUUAUGAUUUCAAUUUCGAAUCAAUAUCAAAAGCAAAUUUCUACCUUAUUUGUACAAGAAUUCCAUUGGAACAAGUUCGAUCAUUAACAUUAUCCGACAGGGAUCAAACUCAUGAGCAAACAUCGUUAUUUCUUUCUCUGUCCAAUCUUAGUCAAUUCACGCGACUUCGAUCGUUAAAAAUUCUUGAUAUCAAACCUGAUGAUUUAAAAUUACUUCUAAUUCUUAUUCAGCAUCUACCAUUAAGAUCGCUUUCAGUCGGUUAUUCUGUAUUUAGUCUUAAAAAAAAUCAUCAAUUAGAACGCCUUUCCACAACGAUCGAGCAGUUCAAACUUGAAAAACUCGAUUUACACCUACGUUCAAUUGAUGUCUCUACAUUCCGAUGGCCUACCAGCGCUACUCUGCAAUAUCUUCGAGUCAGGAAUAGCCUGUCACUCAAACAAUUCUAUUUGAUCCUUCAAUGUUUUCCCUGCUUGCAAACUUUUAUCCUAAAAGAUUUUGAUCUCGAGGAAAUUACGCAAGAAGAAGCGUCAACAACUGUUCAUUUGCCGGUGGAGUCGUUUGGAUUAAAAACACUAGUGUGUAUCGAUGGGUUUAUCCAAAUGGAUAAAUUUGAACAAUGUUUUUCUUGGAUUCCAUUCUUAGUUUAUUUGAAAUUAGUUGGUCGCGGAUCUUUAUUUAAUUCUGCUUUCGAUGGCUAUCGUUGGGAACGAAUUAUCAAAGCAAAGCUUCCACAAUUGACAAAAUUCGAGAUCUACCUAUCAGUCCUAACGGAUGUCCAUUACGAUACGAAGAAUAUCGAAGAAAUGGUCUCGUUAUAUCGUACACCAUUUUGGUCGCAAGAUUUGCGUUGUUCAAUAGUAUGUGAUUAUAUCCUACAUUUGCAUAGGCUCGUUCUCUACUCAUUACCGAUAUGUCAUACAUAUUAUCAAUACUAUGCUAGUGAAGAUAAAGUGUUAGCAUCGAAUUUUACAAAACGUAAUAUAAGUUCAGCAGAAAUGAAUUAUGUUAAACGAUUCAGCGUCAAUUUAUCACAAGGGAUGAACGAUAGACAAGAAAUGCAAUUUCAAAAUGUAGAUGAAUUGAUACUGGGUAUCGAUGGAGAAUGGCCCAAAGAUUCACUGAGAUUUCUUUCCUCUACUGUGAAUCUUUCGCACCUCGUUAAACUGUUCUUAAUCGUGAAUUUUUCUUCCGAAUACAUGCCGAGUAUAAUUCGUGAAGACUAUUGGGGUCCAGAUAAUUGUACAACAACAAUGGAAAACGUCUGUUCAAUGAUGACAUCGAAUAUAAAACAUUUGUGUGUUCAAAUUGAAAUGUUCUUGACACGUUGUUUAUAUAAAAUAACUGAGAAAGAUCUUGGUCGACAUUUAGAGUUACCAUUUAUCGAUAAACUUCGCAUCUAUGUUCGGGGAGGUCGUGGUGGCAAUGGUUUGAAGAAAUAUGGUGGUUUAGGUGGACAGGGUGGACAUGUUCUUAUACGUGGUAAACGUCAUUUAACGUUGAAAAAUGUUUAUGAGAAAAAUUUAUCCAAACGUUAUAUUGCGCCGGACGGUGAACACAGCCAUAAAACGCGUUUAAACGCGUUGGCAGGUGCACAUCUGACGAUUCACGUGCCAUUAGGGAUACAGAUCUUACGUGAUAAUGGAGAGUUAAUUGAUGAGAUCAAUGACAUCGACGAUGAAUGUAUCGUAGCACAUGGAGGUGCGGGUGGUAGUUAUAAAACAUUCUUUCAAGGUGAACCCGGCGAAGCAACAAUGGUGAAUUUGGAUCUCAAAUUGCUAGCUGAUGUCGGGUUCGUUGGUUAUCCCAAUGCUGGUAAAUCGACUCUACUCUCGAUGCUUUCUCGUACUCGACCAGCAAUAUCACCUGUUCCAUUUACUACUCUUCAUCCACAAAUCGGUACGGUUAUCUUCGAUGAUAGUCGUUCGUUUACCAUAGCGGAUCUACCCGGUCUCAUCGAAGGAUCUCAUAUCAAAAUGGGAUUGGGCUCUCGGUUUCUUAAACAUACUCUUCGAUCAAAAAUUCUUCUCUUUGUCAUUGAUAUCAACGGAUUUCAACUUGAUCUUCGCUCACCGCUGCGUUCAGCAUUCGAUUCGAUUGUGUUUCUAACCAAAGAACUUGAAUUGUACGAACCGACUCUACUGCGCAAGCCUGCAAUACUCGCCAUCAAUAAAAUUGAUCAAUUGGAAGAGCAAGAUAAACUCCGAGAAUUCUAUCAUUCAUUAGAGAAUUAUCAAGAAAUUCUAAAGAAUGAUUACGAAGAACAAUGGUGCCUGAAAGAAUUCGUUCGCUUCGAACAUAUUGUAGAAAUAGCUGUGAAAAAUCAGAUCAUGUCGGAUGAUUUCAUCUACUGUCGAAAUCCCUACGAGUUUAUCGAGUCCGUGCUUGAUACUGCGAAAAUGCACGAUGGUUUAUUAUUGGAUGAAUUAUUGAAUGUAUCACGUAUGUAUCAAAUCAAUGAUUUGGAUUAUACUGACACAAAUGAACCGAAUCUUGAUCAACCAUUGACCAACGACCACGAUUCACUUUGGAAACAACUAAGUCGACAUCAUUGGUUCGCUUGUCGAUAUUUAUAUCUCGACGAUAUCGAUCGUGCAUUUCGACAUCAAUCAAAAAAGUUCUCUUGUCUCAUGGCAAUAUUGAACUAUCAUUCCGGUCGUUCAAGUGCUCUACAAGCAGAUGACAAUCAUGAUAAUGAUCCAACAAAUUCGACAUCCAACGAUGAUGAUCCGUCGUGGUUAUUACCAGUUUUCAAUCGUCAUGCACAUGAAUUACGUCUUCUCGCACUACUCGGUAACGACGAAGGUGACAAUGAUGAUAAUGAAAUGUCCGAUAGUACAAAUUCGACUAGUACAAUUCAAACGUGCAAUUCACAAUUACUGCAAGCAAUCAACGUUCUACAACGCUUUUCGUCAACAAUUAAAUUACGAAAAGUCGGCAUUUUUAUCAUUGUCAAUCAAAUGUUGAAAACAUACUAUGCUUUGGAUAAAUUCAACCUGUGUACCUACUUCAUUUCCAAAGCUGAGCGUCCAUUAAAACAAUACAUGCAAGAAGAAAAUGCCCGACAAGUACACCGAUUUUCAUCUCAUGUCUUGACACAUCGUUAUUUCCUUGGUAAACACCUUCUUCUCAAGCAUGAUUACAGUUCAGCGAUUGAUCACUUUGAUUAUGUAUUUACCAAUUGUCUUGAUUCGAACAAAAGUGGAAGUAUUAAAAACAAGCAGCAAUCGUUGUUGUAUCUAGUUGUGUUAAAAAUGCUACAUGGUUCGACACCAAAUAUGGAAAUUUUAGAAAAAUAUGAGCUCAAUGAAUUGAUUGAUUUGAUCAAACCAAUCCGUACUGGUUCACUGAAAGAUUUUAUCGACAAAAUUCACGAAUACGAGCAAUUCCUAUUCGACACUGGUUUGUUCUUCUUGAUCGAAAACUUGAAAUUAUUAGUAAUCAGAAACUUGUUUCGUACAUAUGUCUAUCAAAUCAAUCAACAGCAAACCAAUAAAAUUCCAUUCGAGCCGACUUUAUUAACAUUGCUCAAUUUUGGUUUCGAUCAAGAAAAUUACUUUGGUGUUAAUGAACUCAUUGAUAUACUAAACAGUAUGAUGCAAAACGGAAUGAUCAAGGGUUAUAUUUCAUAUUCAUAUCGAACAUUGGUUGUUAAUUAUCAAAACUUUUCAUUUACAACCAUGUCUCAUCCUCAUGAAGAGCAUCUUUUUCCACCAGAAUUCUUUCCAAGACGUGAACGAACACUUUCACAAUGUGAACGAGUUUUGCAAAGUCCGUCUUACGAAGGAAAAAUCCAUGAAUUUUGUCGCGAAAAAGGCUUUGGUCAUAUCCAACCAAAAGAUAAUCCAAGUGAACUUAUUUUUGUUCAUGUUUCUGAUAUCGAUGAUGAUUACGUUCCAAAGAAAGGCGAUAUUGUAACAUUCAAGAAGAUAUUGAUGCCACCAAAAAACGAAAAACCUAUGGCAGUACAUAUAAAACUUCUUCAUUUAGCCGAAGGUGUCAAACACGAAUCGUGGGAAGAAGCUGUUGAACAUGACAUGGAAAAUCGACGACCAUCACGAUCCGAUUCGCAUACAUUGGUACAUGACCAAGAAAUUUCUACGCAUGUCGACUAG